AUCGCGUGCCGAGUGGCGUGCGAAAUACCAAUUCUAGUCCUGGGUCCGUGAUCGAACCCUGAAAAUAGAAAAAAGCAUAAUGUUCGCCCUGCGAGUGGCUCUCCUUUUGGCCGCUUGUGUGUCCUUGGCCUCCGCCGGAACCCGGCAGCUGGUCCAGGAUGUUCAGCCGCCAGUUACCCUAGCCACCACACUGCAAGAAUACCGCCUGCAGGAGACCAUUAAGCCGCAGUACUACAACAUUACCCUGAGGCCCUACCUGCUGGAGACCGAUGGCACCAAGCGUUUCACCUUCGAUGGUGAGGUCUUCAUUGAGGUGCAGACCAGCACGGCAACCAACAGUGUACAUCUGCACUCGAAAAAUCUCACCUACUCGGUCUCCGAGUACUGGGAAAAGCCAGCUGCUGGAGUGACUACCACUCCGACGGGCAUCAAAUUCAAUGCUGCCAAUGUGACGGAUACGGAUACGGAUAUUGUGAAGCUCUCCACUUCCGCCAAUCUGGAGGUUGGUAAGAGUUACAUUCUGCAUUUCGUGUACACUGGUCUGAUGGAAGACGAUAUGCACGGCUUCUAUCGCAGCUACUACGUGGACGACAACAAUGUGACCAAGUGGCUCGGCUCCACUCAGUUCCAGACCAACCAUGCCCGUCGUGCCUUCCCCAGCUUCGAUGAACCCCAGUUCAAGGCCAAGUUCGAUGUGACUUUGAUCCGCCACAGGACCUUCAACACGGCCAGUAACACGCGCCUGAUUGGAACCUAUCCCCAUGCCGAAGAGGGAUACUAUAUUGAUGUGUACAAGACCACGCCGACGAUGUCCACUUACAUCCUGGCCUUCAUUGUUUCCGAGUUCACUGCCCGCAAGGAUACCGAGUUCGGAGUCCUGGCCCGUCCCGAGUACUACACACAGACACAGUACCCCUACAAUGUGGGCAAGGAGAUCCUUAAGGAGAUGGGCAAAUACCUGAACCUGGACUACUACACCAUGGGCAACGACAAGAUGGACAUGGCCGCCAUUCCCGAUUUCUCGGCAGGAGCCAUGGAGAACUGGGGUCUGCUUACGUACAGGGAGCGCAGUCUCCUGGUGGACGAGUCGGCCACUACCCUGGCCUCGCGACAGUCCAUUGCCGCCGUGGUGGCUCAUGAGCAGGCGCAUAUGUGGUUCGGCGAUCUGGUCACCUGCCAGUGGUGGAGCUACACCUGGCUGAAUGAGGGCUUCGCCCGCUACUUCCAGUACUUCGGCACUGCCUUCGUCGAGACCGAGUGGGAUCUAGAUAAGCAGUUUGUUGUGGAUCAGAUCCAGUCGGUGAUGGCCAUGGAUUCAACCAAUGCCACCAAUCCGUUGAGCGAUGAGAACACUUACACCCCGGCUCACCUUAGCCGCAUGUUCAACAGCAUCUCCUACAACAAGGGCGCCUCCUUCAUUCGCAUGAUCAAGCACACCAUGGGCGAGGAGAACUUCCAGAAGGCCCUGCAGGCGUACCUGGUCAAAUACUCCUACCAGCCAUCGAUUCCUCAGUACCUGUUGAGCUUUUGGCAGCAAUUCUGGCCCAACAACAGCUACAAUGAAAGCUCCGAGGCCAUCUUUAAUAGCUUCACCACACAGGUGGGUUACCCGGUUAUCAACGUGGAAGUUUCCGGCACCACGGCCCGCUUCACCCAGAAGCGCUUCCUGCUGAAGGAGGACGAUGGAGCCGAUGCCAGCCUGGUUUACACGGUGCCCAUUUCUUACGCGCACAGCGAGAAUGCCAACUUCCAGAAUGCCACUCCCAAGUUCAUCCUACGCGCUGGUAUUGCCACUACCGUCUCCUUUGCACAGCCCCUCACAUGGAUCAUUGCCAACGUCCAGCAGACGGGCUUCUAUCGCAUCAACUACUCGGAGAACAACUGGCAUGCCAUCCAUCAGGUGCUGAAUACGGAGGAGCAUGGAGGCAUCCACGAGAACAACCGUGCCCAGAUCGUUGAUGAUUUGUUCAACCUGGCCAGGGCGGGACAUAUCGCCUACAACCUGACGCUGCAGGUCAUUGAGUACCUGGAAACGGAGACCAACUACAUUCCCUGGACCUCGGCCUUCAAUGGCUUCAACUUCCUGACCAUCCGGUUGGGCAACGACACGUCCAACUUCAAUAGCUACAUUCAGCACCUGACCCAGAAGGCAUACAACAAGCUCGGUUUCAACGAAACCUCCGAGGACAGGGCCCUGGAUAUCUAUCUGCGCACCAAGGUUCUCUCCUGGGCCUGUCGCUACGGCAGCUCCGAUUGCAUCAACAAGGCCAAGGGAUACUUCCAGUCCCUGGCCACCGUGCCCAAGAACAUCCGCGCCACCGUCUACUGUGUGGGUCUCCGCGAGGGUGGAGCUGCCGAGUUCCAGGCUCUGUAUGACAAGUUCAAGGUCGAGACUGUGGCCACCGAGGAGACCCUGCUGCAGAACUCCUUUGGCUGCGUGAAGAGUCAGGAACUGAUUGAGCGCGUGUUCAACCUGGUCAUCAGUGACGAGAUUCGCCGGCAGGACAAGUCCUCCGUUCUGGCCACUCUCUACACGGAGAACAAUGAGAACGUUAGCCCAGUUUUUGCUCUGGUCACCAAGCAGUACGAGCAGCUGGCCGAGGCCAUGGGCGGUUACUCCGCAGUGGCCACUGUGAUCUCCAACAUUGCCUCUCGCUUCACCACCCAGCAGCAAUACGAUGACCUGGUGGCCUUCAAUAAGGCCAGCGGUUCCAAUUUCGGAACCUCUCAGGCCACCCUGACCGCAGCGGAGGAGACGGUGGACGAGAACUUGAAGUGGGCGGAAUCCAAGUUGGGUGACUUCCGCACUUAUCUGGCCAACCGUAAUGGAAGCGCCGUGGUUAAUGCCUUCAGCGCUCUGAGCCUGCUCCUGGUGGCCCUGGUCACCAUGCUGCGCAACUAGACAUGGCUCCUUUCCCUAGGGGGACUGGUGCCCCUCCUCCGUCAAUCCAUAAAGUAUUUGUACAGUUAGAGCACCCAAUAAAAGAACAAGAACACCUUUUGUAGAUAACA